UAUUGUCCAAUCCGGGCGGACAUUGCCUGGUGGGAUUUUGAAAGAGGGCGCUUGUACCAAAAUUUCCCGGAAAGCAUCUGAGUUUCAUGGCAAUGGCAGGGUUGGGUGCAUUUUGGGGGACGCGAGUGCUGGAGAUAGUGAAGAAGCACGAUUCCGGGGGACUGGUUUGGAAGAGAAUCAAGCUCACCACCACUCGCAAAGCCAACGCCAAGAAGCGCCUCCGCCGCGUUUGGCAGAAUGAAGCUGUGCUGAGGGCAUGUUCCGAACUGCCUUCCUCAGGUAAUUCAACGGCUGAUGGUGAAGACACUGGUACGAAGGAGAGCACUAGCUGAGUGAAGAUUAAACUUGGUAAAGCCUAUUGUUUGAUGUAUUAUCCUAUUGACCAUUUUUGCCUUUCAAUCUGUAAGUCGUCCACAAGCAGUUAAUGAUAGGCCUCGACUGCUUGCACUUCUUUGCCCUUGGUUGUUGGGGCAUUACUUAGUAGCUGUUAUUGGUAAUUAUGGUGCGUAACUAUACACAGUUGUCAAGCCAUGAUGCUUUUAACCCCGCA